UUAUUCACCGGAAAUGUUACAAUGCAUAGUGAGAUGUUCAUGUCGGAGUGAGCCGUUCUGUGUGAGGAGCAUAUCCCAGUCCGACUUAGCGGGGACGUGCUGCCUCCGGCUUCUCUAUCUAGCACAUCCAUGCUUUUCAUAAAAAAAAUAUUAAAAAAUAAAAAAUAAUAGAUUCCCUUGCACAUAGUACAUCGCCCUCCUCUCCACUGUUUUAAUUCACAAAAUAAUUCCUCUCCCGAAGUUUACCCCAUCGUCUUGUUCCCUCCCAUCUCCUCUCUAUAUACGCAGAAAAGGGGUACGUUACAUACAUGAAAUUCGGUAAGGAAUUUCGAACCCACUUAGAAGAAACCAUUCCAGAGUGGAGGGACAAAUUCUUGUGUUACAAACCCUUAAAGAAACUUCUCAAGCACUUCCCUAGCUCCCCUGAUUCACUGGUCCUCGACGAUCUUCUUCGCCAUCAUCGCCAGAUCAUCGACGGUGCUCCUACUGAUGGCGAUGUCUCCACUGAUGACACUGAGAGAAACAAACCCUGGAUUGGUCUAGAAGAAUGGUUCGUCAGGAUUCUCGAUGAAGAGUUGGAAAAGAUCAACGAUUUCUACGUCGACAAAGAGGAAGAAUUCGUCAUUCGUUUACAGGAGCUGAAGGAAAGAAUUGAGAGUGUGAAGGAAAAAAGCAGUAAAGAUGGAGUUUUUACAUCAGAGAAUGAGUUCAGUGAGGAAAUGUUGGAUAUCCGUAAAGACUUUGUCACUAUUCAUGGGGAGAUGAUUCUUCUUAAAAACUACAGUUCCCUUAAUUUUACAGGACUGGUGAAAAUUCUGAAGAAGUAUGAUAAGAGAACCGGGGGUUUGUUGCAGUUACCUUUCACACAGCGUGCCCUCCAUCAACCUUUCUUCACCACAGAACCUCUCACAAGGCUAGUCCAUGAGUGUGAAGCCAAUCUGGAACUUCUCUUCCCACUCCAAGCAGAGGUCAUUGAAUCCAGUGCACCACCUCCACAAGAUCAGAUGGACUCUCUAUGCAAUGAUACAUCUACCCUGCAAGAGACAUCCUCUCUCAGUGAGGAUACUGUGGACAUUUAUCGUAGUACACUGGCUGCAAUGAGAACCAUACAAGGCCUCCGAAAGGCAAGCUCUACCUACAAUCCUUUGUCUUUGGGUUCAUUCUUUUACGGUCAAGAUGAUAGUGCCGGUUCUGUAACAUCCGAGGACUCUCCUUCCAACUCAUCAACCACCUUGCAUAACAGGGAUGAUAAGGAUCAAGAGAUAUCACGUAAAAAUUAGUAAUUGGAUUUUGCAUAAAUAAGUCUUAGUUUCAAGACUUGUGAAUGUUCAAAUUCUUAGUCAUAAUGAUUAAUGAGCUGCUUGCCAAAGAUUGUAACAUUAAUUCCAAUUCUCAAGAAAACAGGACUUAUCUUUGAAGAUGUUUCUGGAUGUAUAAAUGUUAGCAAUAAAUAUGGGUUCUGUAAUUGAUUUGAA